ACUCAGCUAGCACACGGCUCAAAACAAACACAGUGCUUGGUACUUGGUGUAGCCCAAAAACACACACCAAUCUUCCUUCUCUUUCACUUUCAAGUUUCAACUUCAUUCAUUCAAACCUUUCCUCUUUUGUUCCAAUCUUCAGCUACCAAGCACCUACAGUAACUGAAGAAAAUGACCAAACUUUGCAAUUUGGGUUGUCUGAAUUUGACUUGAGGGUGGGUUAUGUUUGAGUGGGAAAAGAGUGGAAGAAUUUGUAACAAAGAGAAGAGAAAGAGGAAAUUUUGAGCUAGUGAAGGUUGAUUUUCUGUGAGAUUUGAUUGAAAGGGUUUUGUAAUGGAAGAAGAACUAGGUCAAAACAAUUCAGUUCCUCCUUCAGGCCCCAUUGAUAAGUCCAAGAUUCUGGAUAUUAAGCCUCUGAGGAGCUUGAUACCUGUUUAUCCAAUGUCUCCUCAAGCUUCACAGUCAGGCCAGUAUCCUCCUGGGUUUUCUUCAUUUUUCCCUUUUGGUCCUACUGCUCAUCCAACUACACCCUCUGGGUUCGCAACGACGCCGGGUGGUGCCAUGCCAGCUCCAAUUCGAGCAUUUAGGAGGCCAAUAGGAGCAGAAGACAUUCCUCCAACAAUGGAGGGGUUGAAUGAUCUUGACACUUCUGGUAAGAAAAAAAAAGCAGUAGGACGCCGGGGUCGCCCCAGAUCAUCUGAGAAACAGAAUAAGAAAGUUAAAGAAGGGCCAGAUGUUUAUUCUUCAAGUGAUCUAGUUGGUAUAACCUCCGAGCAAAGGGGAGAUGGUAGCCCUGAAGUGGUUAAUCUUGUACUCACGACAUUUGAUGCGCUUCGAAGACGGCUCUCCCAGCUUGAAGAUGCCAAGGAGUUGAGCACUGGUUCAAUCAAGCGCCCAGAUUUGAAAGCUUGCAAGAUUUUGAUGACCAGAGGAAUCCGAACUAACAUGAGGAAGAGAAUCGGAACAGCUCCUGGGGUUGAGAUUGGGGAUAUUUUCUUUUUCCGAAUGGAAUUAUGUCUUGUGGGUUUGCAUGCUCCCUCCAUGGGUGGAAUUGAUGCCUUGAAUUUGGGCGGGGAGUUUGAGGAAGAAACUGUGGCUACAAGUAUUGUUUCGUCAGGAGAAUACGACGAUGAGGCAGAGGACAGUGAUGUUAUAAUUUUUACUGGUCAGGGUGGGAACUUCAACAGUAAAGAUAAGGAAGUGACAGAUCAGAAACUUCAAAGGGGUAAUCUUGCUUUGGAAAGAAGUUCACGACAACUAAAUGAAGUGAGAGUCAUCCGGGGCAUGAGAGAUGGUGUGAAUCCAAAUGCGAAAAUCUACAUUUAUGAUGGCCUGUAUAAAAUCCAAGAUUCAUGGGUAGAAAGGGCGAAAAGCGGUGGCGGUGUAUUUAAGUAUAAGUUGGUAAGAGUGCCUGGACAAGCUAGUGCGUUUGCUGUUUGGAAAUCGGUUCAGAAGUGGAAGUCCGGAGCCCCUUCGAGGAACGGACUUAUUCUUGCCGAUCUCUCCUCAGGAGCUGAGAAAAUUCCUGUAUCACUUGUCAAUGAUGUUGAUAGCACGAAGGCGCCUGGCUAUUUCACUUAUUUCCAUUCUCUUAGGCAUCCAAAAUCGUUCACCUUGAUGCAGCCUUCACAUGGGUGCAACUGUACUAAAUGUGUCCCUGGUGAUUUGAACUGCUCUUGUAUUAGGAGAAAUGAAGGGGAUUUUCCAUAUACCAGCAACAGCGUUCUGGUGAGUCGGAAACCAUUAGUUCAUGAAUGUGGCCCGACAUGUCAGUGUUUUCCUAACUGCAAAAAUCGAGUAUCUCAAACUGGAUUAAAGCACCACAUGGAAGUGUUCAAAACAAAGGAUAGUGGGUGGGGUCUUCGGUCACUGGAUCCUAUUCGCGCUGGUAGUUUUAUUUGCGAGUACGCAGGAGAAGUCUUGGAUAGAACCAGGAUAAGUCAGCUUAUGAAGGAAGGAGAUAGUGAUGAGUAUGUUUUUGAUACGACCCGUGUUUAUGAUUCAUUCAAGUGGAAUUAUGAACCGAGGUUACUGGACGAAGUGAGCACAAAUGACUCUAACGAAGAUUAUGCUAUACCAUAUCCUCUAAUUAUAAGUGCCAAGAAUGUCGGGAACGUAGCUCGAUUCAUGAAUCAUAGUUGCUCUCCAAAUGUGUUCUGGCAGCCUGUCAUGUAUGAAGAAAAUAACCAAUCCUUCCUCCAUAUUGCCUUUUUUGCACGCAGACACAUCCCCCCAAUGAUGGAGUUAACAUAUGAUUAUGGAUCUGCCCGGUCUGAUCAUGCUGAGGGUAGCAAUGCACACAAGGGGAGAAAGAAGUGCUUAUGUGGAUCAUCGAACUGCCGCGGUUCUUUUGGUUAACAUUUUGUUCCAGUUUCUCACAGGCCGUCAAGCUAGAUGAGGUGAAUGAUGAUGGCGUUCCAUAUGUAGGGUCAGAUCCAAUCUCAGAAGUUUUUUGUGGAUGUAAUUGUAAGCGCUACCAAAUAACCUUGUCAAGGGUUGGUGUGUUUGACUAUAAAUAAAUCAUCUGUCUCUCUCUGGACCUGACCUUUUUUCUUGCUCCAACUUUAUCAUAAACUACCACUGAUGUUGUAUAAUAUGUGUGAAAUUUGUGAUGGUAAUGGCCAUGGUACACUCAUUUUGCUACUUAUAUGGAUCCACUUUUCCUUUUGACAUGGACUCGCUGUAUUUGAUGUUUCAAAAAAGGCUCAGAAUUGGGAUUGUAGAA